AUGGGAUGUGGCCAGAGUGUCCGGGUUAAUCUCCGGACUAAAAAAGAUGACCCGAAGUCGAAGACAAUUGCUGACCCCGUGAUACAGUAUGGGACUUAUCAAUUUAACAAGAACAGUAUUUUCGUGGAGACCCAUAGUCUUUACGUGGUAGACCCAAGCCCUUUGGAGUUUUGUCCUCCUCCUCAUGUUCCUCCAACCACCAAAUCGGAGAUCUUCAAUAUGGAAGAAUAUGAACAUCUUGAUAAACGAGCCAUGAAGGUUCCGAAUGAGAAGAAGAAAGGGUCUCUAAUCAAGCUUGUCAAAUAUCUUACUAAACCUUGCAAAGACGAGGUUGGUAAAGUUCGUGUACUGUUCACGUGGCUGUGCGCUCAGAACAUGGAUAAGAUGGUAGUACCAAUGCAGCCGCCAAAAGAGAACUCUGUGGUUUACUAUCUAACACGUCUCAAGGUCAAGAAAAACAACUAUUCUCAGAUGUUCAGCUUCCUUUGCAGAAUCGCCAACAUUACAUGUGUCUGUAUCCAUGGUUACCUGAAAGGAAGUACUUAUCACAUAGGGCAAUCAGUAGAGAAAAAUAAGGCUGCCCUGUAUGGCGAAUGGAACGCAGUCCUGAUCGACAAUACAUGGCGCCUCAUCAAUCCAUACUGGGCCGCUUGUGCAGUUGGGACGCAACUGAGUGAGACAGUAGACAGAACAUUCAAAGUUGACGAAACCUACUUCCUUACUGAUCCUGAGCAACUGGUGUAUUCACACUUUCCUGAAGAGCCAUUUUGGCAACUUGUGGAUAGACCAGUAAGCAUACAUGGAUUUGAAAGAAAGUCCUUUGUGAAAGAGAGAUUCUUUGAACUGGGAAUGAGGCUACUGACACACACCAUAUGCGAGAUACAGACAGACACUGGGGACAUCGAAUUAACAUUUGGGAUACCAGAACACAAAAAGAUGGAUAUUCAUCUGAACUGUCUCAUCUUCAGGGCUGACUUUAAUGACUGGCAUCUGCAGGAAGACAGCCGUUUCCAACACGACAUGAUAUACAAUCCGAAUGACAAUUCAGUUGCUAUUCGGAUCCGGUUUCCACGUAAAGGAACAUACAAACUGGAAAUCGUCGGAAAAGAUCGUACAAUCACAGACGACGAUUAUGAUUUUGAUUGGGUAGCAGUUUACAAAAUCAGGGUAAAUGGCUUUCCAAAAAAGUACCAAGCGUUUCCGAAGGUGGGGGAUGCUGGAUGGGGGAAUAAUCCUCGUGUUGAGGAGAAUGGAUUGGUAGCACUAUCACAUCCUCAUGCCGUUAUUCUUGCAGAGGGUGACCAGACAUUAAUUGCCUUCGGUAUUGAAGAAGACGAAGCACGAGGUUUGGAUCUACGAUACCGCCUGACAGAUGUUAACAAGAGCUUGGAUUCCCUUCCCUUGGAAAAAACGGGCGUGACUGAGGAAGUAGAUCAGUAUAUUAUUGAGGUGCACCCUCCCGAGGGAGAUGAGGCUGCGAUAUGCAUCUACAUACUGAAGGAAGAUGGAGAACAGCUCAAUAUAUGUAAUAAUCUCAUCGUUGGCGUCGACGUCGCCAGUGUGAAUCUUGCAGAGGACAUCGCAAAUGUGAAAUCCCAGCUACAGACGGCCAUAGAUGAUAUGCACCUUUACGGGUUAGAUCGUGCAGUGGAUCUUGUCAACAUCAAAGAGUAUGAGGAACCAAUGCAACGUGAAAUGAAUAUUGCACGUGACCUCAUCACAAGAUUUACAAAUUUGCAUGUGCAGAAACAUGACGUAUUGGCCAUUCCAAACUCAACCAUUUCAGACAUAUGCAGCCAUCCAGUAUUGGACGAGGUGCACGAGGUCAUAAAAGCAAUGUUGCUUUUGCUAGGGGACUUUGAAGAGAUUACCACGAUCUGGACAAAUGCGGUUGAAAUUUUGUUGCGAAAAGAACAAGAAUCUCUGAGGCACAGAAUCAACACCUUUAACAUACACAGAUUGGAAAUGGAUAUUACACUUGGUGCAAACAAACUUAUAAAAAGACUUGAUCUUGAAAAAAUCACAACGAACUGUCCGGCCGCCGGACACAUGUACAUGUGGGUAAAAGGAAUCACGGAAGAGACUAUGAAGAGGAGACCGGAUGAAAUCAAAAAGACAAUCCCGAGAACUCACGAACUGGGAGGUCCUGGAGCACCAAUAUUUAAAAUCCAAAGUGUUGUCGGGAAAGUACCGAUCAGCGAGAUUUGA